GUACCCAAAUCUUAUAAAGAACUAUGAAUGGCAUCAAAACUUGGGUUCAAGUUUAUACCCUUUAUUUUCACUAAUUUCAUCUUCACAAAGGCGUACGAGGAGGAGGCGAAAACGAAAUAUGUCGUGUCUGUUUUAAGAUACUAAAUCAAAACUGUUCUCUUUGGGUUUCUUUAACUUCUCUUGUAGAAGAACUUCAUCUGGUAUUCAACAAGAAGUCUUUAUCAAAGUUGAGUCAUUUCAUAUGACAACUAGAAAGAACAUGGGCACUGGUGAUUGUGAACAUUAGAGAGCUCAGUUUUCUCCUUUUUGCAAAGCCUAUAAAAUACACUCUCAAGAACUCCAUUACCACUGAAACCCCCUUUGGGAGCUUGUAUUUUAAUACAGAGAAAAGGUAGAUCAUCUUUCAAACACCCACUCUUCCCACAAAGUGCAGCAAUCUUUCUGAGAAUCUACCUGAAUUUGUAUUCCUUGGAGCUUUUUCUGCCCAGAAAAGGUUGUAGGAAUGGAAAGUGAGUAUGGUAUGUACAGAAAAGGAAGCAGUGGGUGGUCAUCCAUGGUUGGAAGUGAAGAAUUUCAAGAAACUGAUAUUUGGUCUGUUUUGAGUGAAAGAAAAGGUUUUGAUUCAAAAUUUAAAGGAUCAUCUUCUAGUUUCACUUCAAAAUCUAUUUCUUUUCCAAGUGCAGCCUUAAUGAUUCCUAGGUCCAACAAUCCUGAGGUUCCUCAACAACAAUCAGCACCAGUCAACAUUCCUGAUUGGUCAAAGAUCUAUGGAAAGUCGAAGAGACCAUCACAGAACUCUGCAUGGCAUGAUGAUGGUGAUGAUGGUGGUGGUGGUAAUAAUGGCAGAGAGAAUUGGGACAGUGAUGAUGAUGAUGAUGAUAAUGGAAACAUGAUGCCUCCUCAUGAAUGGAUUGCACAGAAGCUUGCAAGAAGUCAAAUUUCUUCAUUUUCUGUGUGUGAAGGUGCAGGAAGAACACUUAAAGGCAGAGAUCUGAGUAGGGUAAGAAAUGCUGUUUUGACCAAAACUGGAUUUCUUGAAUAAAUUUUUAUCUGUGUUUUACUUCUAUCUACAUUAUCAUAUCAUAAUUUCCCAUGAAAAAAAUUUACAGAAAAACCCACAGAAAUUCAAGAAAAGACAGUAUGAUUAUGAUGAUGAUGAUGUAACAUCUUCAGUAUGAUUGAUAAUUGUGAUAAAUUAAAAUGGGUCCCAUUCAUUUCUAUGGUGGUGUUGUCUGUGUAUAAAUUAUUGCUCCCCUGUUUCUUUUUUUAUUUUUAGGUUGUGUAAUUAAAUGAAUAUUUUGUUAGAUUAAGAGAUUGGAAGUGGUAGUUAUG